AUGUGUUCUCUAGUGAAGGAGCUUCGACUCCGUUCCCGCCGAACAAGUUGUUCCGGGACGCCCUCUCCGAAUUAUCGCUUCGAGUGUUAUACCGUCCACACGGCAACAAUCACUGAGGAAGCCCGAUUGGGUCAACACGUCACUGAGGAAGCCCGAUUGGGUGAAACGCGUUUGCGUGUUGGAUUGCGUUGGAUUACGCUGGAUUACGUCAUUGCGCUAAACCUGAAAACUGUUUGCUUUGGAAAGGAACGGAGAAUUUCAGACGCGCUACAGACUGUUAUUUUAAAUGUGGCCCUCCCCUGCCUGCUGGAUCUUUUCCCCGUCCUCCACAAGCGUCCUCCGGCCGUCGGGGAAUACCAAAAGGAUGGAGAGGACCCGUCGGACCAAGUCAUGCAGCUGGUCCUCACACACAUGGAGAUGGAGCACAAGAUCGCCCUGCGCAGGUCGUACGCUCGCUACCUGCCUUCUCUCCAGGAAAGGCUUGGCAUGAGGGUGGUCCGCCACAUGAAGAGACUUCUGCGCGUAAUCGUUGGGUACCUGGAAGUCUGUGAUGGGCCAGAAGAAACCACCAGGCUUUGUAUUUUAGAGACUUUGCAGGGGACUAUCAAAUACGCCUGGCCCCGAAUCCCUCAUAGGCUGCCGCUUCUCCUGAAGGCCCUUUUGAAACUCAUGUAUGAUGUUACCUGUGAACCAGUUCAGACUCCGGAGCCGGUGACGGAAGCCUUGCUUUGUGGGGCCACAGAGUGCCUGCUCCUAUUAGACCGAUGCUGUGACGGACAGGUCAAGGCUGCUCUUAAAGGAGUCCCCUCUCUGUGCGCUGAACCUCGUCUGGUGAAAUGCCUCGCAGCCGUCCAGCAGGAUUCCUGACCCAUGCCGCUUAAUAUGCUAAAUAAAUACCUUAAACACCUAA